AUGCGUUGUUUCCUGCACUGCUUUUGCUUGAUGAGUUCCAGAGUUGGUAGACAUAGACUUGGGUAUGAGGACCCUACUAUUCUUGCUUCAGAAACUGCUUUGCCGUGUUCUUUCUGGCACCUUGGUCAUGGUAGGCAAUAUUGCAGCUGCCAAAACACAAACUCUGCUACUGCAGUGCUAUUGCCUGAUAUGCAAGGUUCACCACAUAGUACCGCCAUCACUGACUCACCAUAUGCUUACUUUACAGUAAAUGAAGUGGAGGCCUUGUAUGAUCUGUUUAAGAAACUAAGCAGUUCCAUAAUUAAAGAUGGUCUUCUUCUACACAAGGAAGAAUUCCAACUUGCACUAUUUCAGAGCAGCAGUAAACAGAAUCUUUUUGCGGACAGGGUAUUUGACUUGUUUGACAUCAAGUGUAAUGGGGUUAUUGAAUUUGGAGAGUUUGUUCGGUCAUUAAUUGCAUUCAGAUUGUAUGAUCUACGAGGGACCGGCUACAUUGAGCGUGAUGAGGUGAAGGAGAUGGUGUCAGCCCUAUUGAGUGAAUCAGAUCUGGAACUUUCCGAUGAUGUUAUCGAAUCAAUUGUAGAUAAGACAAUGGUGGAGGCAGAUUUAAAAGGGGACGGGAAAAUUGAUCAAGAAGAGUGGAAAGAAUUUGUAGCAAAGCAUCCAUCUCUAAUAAAGAAUAUGACUCUUCCAUAUCUAAAUUAG